GUCAAUAUAUUAUCUGAUAACGUUUUUAUAUAUUAGUAGUGUUUCUAUAAAAAUCUCAUUUAUUCAGUUCGGUAGUCAAGCUGAAUUUAUAGACAUCAAAAUGAAGUCACAGCUAUUUUGUUGCGCUUUGUUGCUCUUAAGCUACGCUGCGGCCGACGAGGUUUGCACCCCCGACAGCGAGGGUGUGGAGCCAUGCCCCGGCCUGGAGCUGUCCUGCGUCCAGGAAUACUUCCAGAGCCAGGUCGACUGUGACAUCGCCACCGUGGAGAGCAGCAGCAUUGAACUGGGAGCCGUUGACGUCAACCUUCCUUCCUUCCAAAUGAAGGCUGAGCUUCUGUCAACCAAAUUCGACCAGUUGGACGGCGAAAUUGUGGCUUUUACCGUGAACAAGCAGGAGAAUUUGGCCGUGCUGGCCGUCCAGUUCUCCAACGUCACCACCGACACCGUCGGAGUGUUCGAGUACUACCCCACCGGCAAGGAACCCAGAGUAUUCACCCUCACCGGCGAAGAAAUCUACCCUACCCUCACCAUCACCACCUACUUCCAGUUGGAAUCUACUGUUGACAGCUCAGAGGAAUCUUCUGAAGAAUCUUCCACCUCAUCUCCUUCUGAAGAAGAAUCUUCUUCGUCUUCUUCUUCGGAAGAAUCUUCUUCUACUGAGGAAGAGUCUUCCUCUGAUUCUGAGGAGUCCUCUACUGAUGAAUCUUCCUCUACUGAUGAAUCCUCUUCAUCCUCCUCUUCCUCUUCUUCUUCCUCCGAAGAAGAAACCGCCAAGCCUCUGCCGCUGUCCACCGCCAGACACUUUGUCUCCUGGGGCUCAGACCCUGCUGUUGAAUUCGGUGGCGACUGUCUCGACACUCAAGACGAGGUUCUGUCCGCCGUUCUGGCUGACUUCCAGGCUAGACUCGAGAUCGGUCUGAGGGAGUCCUGGGUGACCCGCGGCACCCCCGUCGCCGAGUACUACAUCCAGAACAACAUCUGCAAAUACAAACAAUAAAUCGAUAUAGGAUUGACAAUAAAAUAGUUGAUAAAUUAUAA